CCUCGAAGCCUGGAUCAGCUUGGACCUUGGUCAUGUCUUUUGCAUAAAGAAAUAGACUCCAUCGAACAAUUUCCGAGGAAAGGCUUACAACAAGACGCCCCAGUAAACGAGCGAUCACCCAACUGGGAGAUCUAUCGUAUGAGCAAGUCUCGAUAUCAUCUGAAGUCACAGUCAACCCAUUGGAGAGUAACAUGCAGUUAUCCGACAAACAAAGUUGAUUAUAGAGAUUAUGUGAGAGCAAAGUUUUCUGAUUUUGAUGUCGUACGUUUUGCUGGUUCUGGUACUUGUAAAAAAGAAGAGCUUGUAAAUAUCCGAGGUUAUGCGUGUGCUCAAUGUACGUCAUUAUGGUGGCAAGGAAUUGGCACCAUGACACAUAUUGACAGCAGUUUUUCUGGUUGCCAGCUUGACGCUCGCACUGGUUCCACAAGAUCUGAAGAUAACUUUGGUUCCUAUUUGGAUUCGUUCAAUAAGAAAUUUCGUUGCACAGCAAGCAGACUUUCGACUACCAACUGGUGGUUUGGUGGCUACAUGACUUUUUAAAAGACGUUUUUAGCUGCCAGUUGUAGUCGUCGUUUAUUGUAGCUAUAUGCCUUUUGUUUUCUCAGUAAAAACCUUCCUAUAGCCAAGUAUCUAGCUGUUGCAGUCAAUUCUCCCUCUCCCUUCUCUUUAAUCAAAACGACUCCGCAGUACCCGUUAAUUAUAUAUCAUUUAAUAACAUUGGAAGUUUCUGUAACGAA